CUGGAGUCUCGCAGAAGAAGCGCUAGCGCCGAGGAUGAGGAGGAUGAGGAUGAGGAUGGAUGCUAUACCGUGUCGUCUCGUGUUUUUAGCCCUGUUCUUUGGAGCCAGGAUCCAGCACACAGAAGCAGCCUUACAGUGCUACUGUCACCGGUGUCCGAACCACACGUGUGCCACGGACGGCCUGUGUUACGUGUCCAUCACUAAAUCCGGCGGAGUGACCACACAGCAGAGCUGGUGCAUCAGCGAGAACGAGCUGAUCCCGCGAGACCGGCCCUUCGUCUGCGCUCCCUCCGCCAAACACGACACCGGCAUCUACCCCAUGUGCUGCGACACCGACUGGUGCAACAAGAACCCCGACCCCAACGCAUUCCCAGUGCCGACGCAGAAGCCGCCGGCGUUGGGGCCCGUAGCGUUCGCGGCCCUGAUUGCGGGGCCCGUGUGUGUGGUGUGCUUCCUGAUGAUCACCGUCUUCUACAUCUGCCACAGCCGCUCGGUCCUCCACCACCGUGUGCCUAACGAGGAAGACCGGUCCAUGGACCACCCCUUCAUCACGGUGGGAACCACACUCAAAGACCUGAUCUACGACAUGACCACAUCCGGCUCCGGCUCCGGUCUCCCUCUGCUGGUGCAGCGGACCAUCGCCAGGACCAUCAUCCUGCAGGACAGCAUCGGGAAGGGCCGCUUCGGGGAGGUGUGGAGGGGCAAGUGGAGAGGAGAGGAGGUGGCUGUCAAGAUCUUCUCCUCCAGAGAGGAGCGCUCCUGGUUUCGGGAGGCUGAGAUCUACCAGACCGUGAUGCUGCGGCACGAGAACAUCCUCGGCUUCAUCGCCGCCGACAACAAAGAUAACGGCACGUGGACGCAGCUGUGGCUGGUAUCGGACUAUCACGAGCACGGCUCUCUAUUCGACUAUCUGAACCGCUACACAGUGACGGUGGAGGGCAUGAUCAAGCUGUCUCUGUCCACAGCCAGCGGCCUGGCGCACCUGCACAUGGAGAUCGUGGGAACGCAAGGCAAGCCUGCUAUCGCUCACAGGGAUCUGAAGUCCAAGAACAUCCUGGUGAAGAAGAACGGCACGUGCUGCAUCGCUGACCUGGGUUUAGCUGUGCGUCACGACUCCGCCACCGACACCAUCGACAUCGCACCCAACCACAGAGUGGGCACCAAACGGUAUAUGGCUCCAGAAGUGCUUGACGAUUCAAUAAACAUGAAGCACUUUGAGUCUUUCAAGAGGGCAGACAUCUAUGCCAUGGGGCUGGUCUUCUGGGAAAUUGCCAGCAGAUGUUCUAUUGGAGGCAUUCAUGAGGAUUACCAGCUGCCGUACUAUGACCUGGUGCAGUCCGACCCGUCGGUGGAGGAGAUGAGGAGAGUCGUGUGCGAACAGAAACUACGGCCCAACAUCCCAAACAGAUGGCAGAGCUGUGAGGCUCUGCGUGUGAUGGCGAAGAUCAUGAGGGAGUGCUGGUACGCCAGCGGAGCGGCCCGUCUCACAGCCCUGCGCAUCAAGAAGACGCUGUCCCAGCUCAGCCAGCAGGAGGGCAUCAAGAUGUAGAGCAUUCCUUUCCCAUCGUCACGAGAGGACACAGCACUUUCCCUGACGUUUCCCGCAUCCUUGGCCUCGGUCUGAAUCGCGCCGGACUCCUCUCUCACACGGAGCAUCAUGCACGUGCAAGACGGAUGCUUUUAUUAUUUAUAAGUGGAUCUGAGUUUGGUUUGAGGUUUGACUGUUUCUGUGGGACCUCGUGUUUAAUUUCCGCUCAUCGCUGCAGCUCUUCAGCUCGGCGCGACUUUAAAUACAUGUUUUCUGUUUUUGCAAAAACAACUGGACAUGACCUCAUUCAGUCCUGGCGAACAUGCUGCGACAUAUGCAAUACAGAUUUACGACUUUAUAUUUUUACUGCUCUGCUACAAUGACUACGAUAACAACCAUGCCUUCCAAGCCAGGUGUUACCAGAAAGUGCCACUGCUUUGAACCAACUAACCAACCCACCCUCACGGCGCGCUGAUCUGCUGGUGCCAUCCUUCAUUCUCUCUGCCUCUCGUUCUGUGAGGAUGAAACAACGAUCAGACCUCUUCAUGUACAGCUGGAGCUGCGAGAAGGUUGGGAGCGUUACCUAAAGUUGCCCAAACACACACCUAGAUCGUUCUCAACAUGCAUCGAGGUGCAGUCGUAUAGAAAAUGGAUAUUUACUAAGCCAUGGCGCUUCCAACAUUUUGUGGCGACUUUUUCUAACAGAAUGUGCAAAACAUCAAGGACUGCUUUGAAAGUCUUUCGGGCGAGUCUUAAGGGACCAGUGUGUCGGAGCGGUCUCUGUGUGUGUGUGUGUGUCCAGUACAGACAUGUAGCAGCGGUUGUGACGCGCAGUGCUUUAUCAGAGCCGAUAGCCGCUCGCGAAUGAAGAGCGAAACGAGACGGCGUGAUUUUCUCAAGGUGUCAGUUUCUGGUGCUUAUAUAAGCAUGCAACUUGAGAUUCUUAUUUAUGUGCAUCUGUACGUUUGAGGCUUUUUCAGUCAUCUUUAUGGUCAGAUUAGAGGCCCUGAAUGUCGAAGGAAUAUUCAGAGAUGAGUGCAGGUCAAGCUCAGGCCACAGCAUUUGCGUUUUAAUGUUGAUUAGCACAAAACAAACUAAAUAUAAACAGAUAAAUAAAUGAAAAAUUUGAAAAACAACAAAAAUCAUGGUUACGAAUCACACUGAAAUUGAGGUAAUUUUUGGAGGAUUUCAAAUAUUUAAACAUUUUGUAAAAACGCUUACAC